AUGAGCAGUGUUGAAGUGGUUACUAUUGGUCUAAGUUCGGGUUCUGAAUUGGUAAUUGUAGUACCAUAUGAAACUAAACGAUGUUUUGCGAGUCUUAAAGUUAUAUCAGUUGGUAAUGGAAUGGAACCUCGAGUAGAUGUACUUGGUGCUCCUGCAUUGGUUGACGUUUCUUAUAAUUUAAUACCAGGUAUGACUUUUACUGUUUUCGCCUGGAGUGGUGCUACUAUUCGUAUUGAAGGUUCAAAACAACUUAUUAUGAAUUGUUACCGUUCUACAACACCUUCUUUUGUUAGACCGCUAGUUGAAUAUCACUGUAUAAUACAUGAUGCUCGUAAUAUAGCAGACAAAAAUGCACUUUUUGGACCAAUGGUUUUAAUUUGUGGAAAAAAUGAUACUGAAAAACAUGUUAUUGGAAGAACUCUUUCUAGUUAUGCUGCUCGAACAGGGUGGUGUCCACAAUUAGUUGACUUAGAUCCUGGUGUAUCUCAAAUGCUUUCAACUCCUGGAACUGUUAGUACAGGUGUUAUUGAAUAUCCAAUGACUUUAGAUGAAGAAAUUUCAUCAGGACCUACAUCUGUUUGUUAUUUUACUGGAUCAACAGAACCUCAAAUAAAAUCUUCUUCUGGAGAAUGGAAUAUGUAUGCACCUUAUACUCAUUAUAGUCAUUUAAUAUUGUCUUGUGUAAGUGAACGAAUUGUUAAACAAAUGGGAGGUGUAUGUGGUUCUAGUGGUGCAGUAAUUGUUCUUCCAGAUUUAAAAGGUAUUAGUGGCCUUUUAUUUGUUGAAGAAUUAAUUAGACGUUUUAAUAUUUCUCAUGUUUUAUGUGUUGGAGAUGAUUUUCUUUUUUGUGGUCUUCAUGAGAGGAUUUUGAAAUCACAUGAUAUGAAAACUUCUCGAACUACUACUAAUACAAGGAUUGAUAGAAUAUCCCCAUCUUUUCAUUUUACACCAAUGGAUCCUGGACCUGAACGUUUAUCAUCUUGCAUGGAGAGAUAUUUUUUUGGUGGAGGCGCUAUAGAUUUACAACCAUCUGAAAUAAAUAAAAAAUUUUCAAAUAUUGAAUUACUUCUUUUAAAAGAUAUUGAUGGUCAGGCAGUGGUUUCUGUUGUUGAGCAAAAUGCCUUAGAAGGUAUUGUUGGAUGUGUUGGUGCAUUAUUUGAAUCACCUUCUUUACGUGAUAAGGAUGUUCUUUCACUUGCGCCGAUGGCUCUGGCUAGAGUACAAGGUGUUGAUGCUCAAGGUGUCAGUUUUCUUCUUAGCACACAUUCUGCAAUUCCUGAAAAAGUAAUACUUAUAGUCGGUUCUUUCCGUUGGGUGACGAGCUAA